UUGGGCCGGAGGCUGCCGGGCGGCGCGGCGGUGUACGUGGGAGUUCCGUGUCCUUGCGUCCCGUUGCAUGGCCCUCGCGCGGCCGCGCCAGCACUGAGGGAGCCGACUUCGCGCCGCCCUCUCACCCCUCCCCUCCCCCACCCCACCCCCGGGAGCCAGGCGCUCGCUCCGGGCCGCGGGGCCUAGUGUUGCGCCGCGGGCUCUCCGAGGAGCUGCCACCUUCCAGGCCGCUGCCACCUCCGCGAUGGCGCCGCUGCUGGGCCGCAAGCCCUUCCCGCUGGUAAAGCCGCUUCCCGGCGAGGAGCCGCUCUUCACCAUCGCGCACACUCAGGAGGCCUUCCGCACCCGGGAAGAGUACGAGGCCCGCCUGGAAAGGUACAGUGAGCGCAUUUGGACAUGUAAGAGUACUGGAAGCAGUCAACUAACACACAAGGAGGCCUGGGAGGAGGAACAGGAAGUUGCUGAACUUUUGAAGGAGGAGUUCCCUGCCUGGUACGAGAAACUUGUUCUGGAAAUGGUUCACCAUAACACAGCCUCUUUAGAGAAAUUAGUAGAUACUGCUUGGUUGGAGAUUAUGACCAAAUACGCUGUGGGAGAAGAGUGUGAUUUUGAGGUUGGGAAGGAAAAAAUGCUCAAGGUGAGGAUUGUGAAGAUUCAUCCUUUGGAGAAAGUAGAUGAAGAGGCCACUGAGAAGAAAUCAGAUGGUGCCUGUGAUUCUCCCUCAAGCGACAAAGAGAAUUCUAGCCAAAUUGCUCAGGAUCAUCAGAAGAAGGAGGCAAUUGUAAAAGAGGAUGAAGGAAGGAGAGAGAGUAUUAGUGACAGAGCACGUAGAUCUCCACGAAAACUCCCUACUUCAUUAAAAAAGGGAGAAAGGAAAUGGGCUCCACCAAAAUUUCUGCCUCACAAAUAUGACGUGAAAUUACAAAAUGAAGAUAAGAUCAUCAGUAAUGUGCCAGCAGACAGCUUAAUUCGUACAGAACGCCCACCAAAUAAGGAGAUACUUCGAUACUUUAUACGGCAUAAUGCGUUACGGGCUGGUACUGGUGAAAAUGCACCAUGGGUGGUAGAAGAUGAAUUGGUGAAGAAAUAUUCCCUCCCUAGCAAGUUCAGUGACUUUUUACUUGAUCCAUACAAGUACAUGACUCUCAACCCUUCUACUAAGAGGAAGAAUACUGGAUCCCCAGACAGGAAGCCCUCAAAAAAAUCCAAGACAGACAACUCUUCUCUCAGUUCACCACUAAACCCCAAGUUAUGGUGUCAUGUACACUUGAAGAAAUCCUUGAAUGGCUCGCCACUCAAAGUGAAGAACUCUAAAAAUUCCAAAUCUCCAGAAGAACAUUUGGAAGAAGUGAUGAAGAUGAUGUCACCCAACAAGCUACAUGCUAACUUUCACAUUCCUAAGAAGGGCCCACCUGCCAAGAAAUCGGGGAAGCACAGUGAUAAACCUUUGAAAGCGAAGGGCAGAAGCAAAGGCAUCCUUAAUGGACAGAAAUCUACAGGUAAUUCCAAAUCUCCCAAAAAGGGCCUGAAGACUCCUAAAACCAAAAUGAAGCAGAUGACUUUGUUGGAUAUGGCCAAAGGCACUCAGAAGAUGACACGAGCCCCACGGAACUCUGGGGGUACAGCCAGGUCCUCUAGUAAACCCCACAAACAUCUGCCUCCUGCUGCCCUACACCUUAUAGCCUACUACAAAGAAAACAAAGACAGGGAGGACAAGAAGAGUGCCCUGUCCUGUGUUAUCUCCAAAACAGCUCGUCUUCUCUCUAGUGAAGAUAGAGCUCGUCUCCCAGAAGAGCUGCGAAGUAUUGUUCAAAAACGCUUUGAGCUUCUAGAGCACAAAAAGCGGUGGGCCUCUAUGUCUGAAGAGCAGCGCAAAGAAUAUUUGAAAAAGAAACGAGAGGAGCUGAAAGAAAAGUUGAAGGAGAAAGCCAAGGAGCGGAGAGAGAAAGAAAUGCUUGAGAAACUAGAAAAACAGAAGAGGUACGAGGACCAAGAGUUAACCGGCAAAAGCCUUCCAGCAUUUAGAUUGGUGGAUACCCCUGAAGGGCUGCCCAACACACUCUUUGGGGAUGUGGCCAUGGUGGUGGAGUUCUUGAGCUGUUACUCGGGGCUACUCUUACCAGAUGCUCAGUAUCCCAUUACUGCUGUGUCUCUCAUGGAAGCCUUGAGUGCAGAAAAAGGCGGCUUUUUAUACCUGAAUAGAGUGUUGGUCAUCCUCUUACAGACCUUAUUACAGGACGAAAUAGCGGAAGACUAUGGUGAAUUGGGAAUGAAGCUGUCAGAAAUCCCGCUGACUCUCCAUUCUGUUUCAGAGCUGGUGCGGCUCUGCUUGCGCAGAUCUGACGUUCAGGAAGAAAGUGAGGGCUCCGAUGCAGAUGACAAUAAAGAUUCAGCACCAUUUGAGGACAAUGAGGUACAAGAUGAGUUCCUAGAGAAGCUGGAGACCUCAGAGUUUUUUGAAUUAACAUCAGAAGAGAAGCUCCAGAUCCUUACUGCACUCUGUCACCGCAUCCUCAUGACGUACUCUGUGCAGGACCACAUGGAAACCAGACAGCAGAUGUCUGCAGAGCUGUGGAAAGAACGGCUUGCUGUACUGAAGGAAGAGAAUGAUAAGAAGAGAGCAGAGAAACAAAAGAGGAAAGAAAUGGAAGCCAGAAACAAGGAAAAUGGAAAAGAGGAGAAUGGGCUAGGCAAACCUGAUAGGAAAAAAGAGGUGGUGAAGUUUGAGCCCCAGGUAGACCUGGGAGCCGAAGACAUGAUCAGUGCCGUGAAGAGCAGGCGGCUGCUCGCCAUCCAGGCCAAAAAGGAGCGUGAAAUCCAGGAGAGAGAGAUGAAAGUGAAACUAGAACGUGAAGCUGAAGAAGAACGAAUACGAAAGCACAAAGCAGCUGCUGAGAAGGCUUUCCAGGAAGGAAUUGCCAAGGCCAAGCUAGUCAUGCGUAGGACUCCUAUUGGUACAGAUCGAAACCAUAACAGGUACUGGCUCUUCUCAGAUGAAGUUCCAGGAUUGUUCAUUGAAAAAGGCUGGGUACAUGACAGCAUCGACUAUCGAUUCAAUCACCGCAAAGACCGUGCAGACUCUCCUGAUGAGGAUUACUGUCCCCGUAGUAAGAAAGCAAACCUAGGCAAAAAUGCAAGCAUGAACACACAACCUGGACUAGCAACAGAAGUUGCUGUGGAGACCACCAUACCCAAACAAGGCCAGAAUCUAUGGUUUUUAUGUGAUAGUCAGAAGGAACUGGAUGAGUUGCUAAACUGCCUUCACCCUCAGGGAAUAAGAGAAAGUCAACUUAAAGAGAGACUCGAGAAGAGGUACCAGGACAUCAUUCAUUCUAUUCAUCUGGCCCGGAAGCCUAAUUUGGGUCUAAAAUCCUGUGAUGGCAACCAGGAGCUUUUAAACUUUCUUCGCAGUGAUCUCAUUGAAGUUGCAACAAGGUUACAAAAGGGGGGACUUGGUUAUGUGGAAGAAACAUCGGAAUUUGAAGCUCGGGUGAUCUCAUUAGAGAAACUGAAGGAUUUUGGUGAGUGUGUUAUUGCCCUACAAGCCAGUGUCAUAAAGAAGUUUCUCCAAGGCUUCAUGGCUCCCAAGCAAAAGAGAAGAAAACUCCAAAGUGAAGAUUCAGCAAAGACGGAAGAGGUGGACGAAGAGAAGAAACUGGCAGAGGAAGCAAAGGUUGCAUCUGCUCUGGAAAAAUGGAAGACAGCAAUCCGUGAAGCUCAGACUUUUUCCAGAAUGCAUGUUCUACUUGGGAUGCUUGAUGCCUGUAUCAAGUGGGAUAUGUCAGCAGAAAAUGCUCGAUGCAAAGUUUGUCGAAAGAAAGGUGAGGAUGACAAACUGAUCUUGUGUGAUGAAUGUAAUAAAGCCUUCCACCUGUUCUGUCUGAGGCCAGCCCUCUACGAGGUCCCAGACGGCGAGUGGCAGUGCCCUGCUUGCCAGCCUGCGACCGCCAGGCGCAACUCCCGUGGCAGAAAUUACACCGAAGAGUCUGCCUCUGAGGACAGUGAAGAUGAUGAGAGUGAUGAAGAGGAGGAGGAGGAGGAGGAAGAAGAGGAGGAGGAGGAUUAUGAGGUGGCUGGUCUGCGAUUGAGACCUCGAAAGACCGUCCGGGGCAAGCAGGGUGUCAUCCCCGCUGCGGCGAGGCCAGGCCGCCGGCCAGGUAAGAAGCCGCAUCCCACCAGGAAGUCUCGGCCGAAGGCGCCACCUGUGGACGACGCAGAGGUUGAAGAGCUGGUACUUCAGACCAAGCGGAGCUCCCGGAGGCAGAGCCUCGAGUUGCAGAAGUGUGAAGAGAUCCUCCACAAGAUUGUGAAGUACCGCUUCAGCUGGCCCUUCAGGGAGCCCGUGACCAGAGAUGAGGCUGAGGAUUACUAUGACAUCAUCACCCACCCCAUGGACUUCCAGACAAUGCAGAACAAAUGUUCCUGUGGGAGCUACCGCUCUGUGCAGGAGUUUCUUACUGACAUGAAGCAAGUGUUUACCAAUGCUGAGCUUUACAACUGCCGAGGCAGCCAUGUGCUGAACUGCACGGUGAAGACAGAACAGUGUCUGGUGGCUCUGUUGCAUAAACACCUUCCUGGCCACCCGUAUGUCCGCAGGAAACGCAAGAAGUUUCCCGAUCGGCUUGCUGAAGAUGAAGGGGACAGUGAGUCAGAGCCCGUUGGACAGUCGAGGGGACGAAGGCAGAAGAAAUAGAGAGGCAGGGCCCUGGUGAUGGUAGCAGUGAGGGCC